AUGACAAUUGGGGGUGGCUCUCACCUUCCUUUCCCUGCCAAUCACCUUCAUGCACGUUCCAUUCCCUGCCACUCACCUUCCUUCCCUGCCUCUUACCUUCAUGCACGUUCAAUUCCCUGCCACUCACCUUCCUUUCCCUGCCACUCACCUUCAUGCACGUUCAAUUCCCUGCCACUCACCUUCAUUCCAUGCCUCUCACCUUCAUGCACCUUCCAUUCCCUGCCACACACCUUCCUCUCCCGGCCACUCACCUUCAUUCCAUGCCUCUCACCUUCAUGCACCUUCCAUUCCCUGCCACACACCUUCCUCUCCCGGCCACUCACCUUCCUUGCAUGCCUCUCACCUUCAUGCACCUCCCAUUCCCUGCCACACACCUUCCUUUCCAUGCCACUCACCUUCCUUGCAUGCCUCUCACCUUCAUGCACCUCCCAUUCCCUGCCACACACCUUUCUCUCCCGGCCACUCACCUUCCUUGCAUGCCUCUCACCUUCAUGCACCUCCCAUUCCCUGCCACUCACCUUCCAUUCUCUGCCACUGACCUUCCUCUCCCUGCCACUCACCUUCCAUUCUCUGCCUCUCACCUUCCUCUCCCUGCCUCUCACCUUCCAUUCUCUGCCUCUCACCUUCCAUUCUCUGCCACUGACCUUCCUCUCCCUGCCUCUCACCUUCCAUUCUCUGCCACUGACCUUCCUCUCCCUGCCUCUCACCUUCCAUUCUCUGCCACUGACCUUCCUCUCCCUGCCUCUCACCUUCCAUUCUCUGCCACUGACCUUCCUCUCCCUGCCUCUCACCUUCCAUUCUCUGCCACUGACCUUCCUCUCCCUGCCUCUCACCUUCCAUUCUCUGCCACUGACCUUCCUCUCCCUGCCUCUCACCUUCCAUUCUCUGCCACUGACCUUCCUCUCCCUGCCUCUCACCUUCCAUUCUCUGCCACUGACCUUCCUCUCCCUGCCUCUCACCUUCCAUUCUCUGCCACUGACCUUCCUCUCCCUGCCUCUAACCUUCCAUUCUCUGCCACUGACCUUCCUCUCCCUGCCUCUCACCUUCCAUUCUCUGCCACUUACCUUCCUCUCCCUGCCUCUCACCUUCCAUUCUCUGCCACUGACCUUCCUCUCCCUGCCACUCACCUUCCAUUCUCUGCCUCUCACCUUCCUCUCCCUGCCUCUCACCUUCCAUUCUCUGCCACUGACCUUCCUCUCCCUGCCUCUCACCUUCCAUUCUCUGCCACUGACCUUCCUCUCCCUGCCUCUCACCUUCCAUUCUCUACCACUGACCUUCCUCUACCUGCCUCUCACCUUCCAUUCUCUGCCACUGACCUUCCUCUCCCUGCCUCUCACCUUCCAUUCUCUGCCACUGACCUUCCUCUCCCUGCCACUCACCUUCCAUUCUCUGCCUCUCACCUUCCUCUCCCUGCCUCUCACCUUCCAUUCUCUGCCACUGACCUUCCUCUCGCUGCCUCUCACCUUCCAUUCUCUGCCACUCACCUUCCUCUCCCUGCCUCUCACCUUCCUCUCCCUGCCACUCACCUUCCAUUCCCUCUGUCUCACCUUCACGCACGUUCAAUUCCCUGCCACUCACCUUCCUCUCCCUGCCUCUCACCUUCCUCUUCCGUACACUCACCCUCUAAUUCCCUGCCACUCACCUUCAUGCACGUUCGUUGCCCUGCCACUCACCUUCCUUUCCAUGCCACUCACCUUCCAUUCUCUUCCACUCGCUUUCCUCUCCCGGCCACUCACCUUCCAGUCACUGCCACUCACCUUCAUUAGGCAUGAGCAGUAA